AUAAGAUAAAAGUCUAACAGUAAAUCUUCCUUGGAUGAAAAAUCUUCUGUACAGGAGGAAUAAUACCAACCCCCAAAAGGAUGUAAAUCCUGAAGAACAUUUGCAAAGGCCACAUCCCAUCACAGGCACUGCUGAGCGGUACUCUUUGUAUGACCACUUCCAUCAAAAAAAUCAAACCCGGCCAGAGGAAGUACUCCGCAGCCUCAACCUUGUCCCUGAUUUGUGCAGUUUUGUCAAUUCCUCAGAGGCAGAACAAAAAAACCGAGAGCUGUCCUUUGACCGAUACUUCCUCUGUCAAAUGAAGGAGACACAUUUCUUGUUUUGUACAAGGUUGGUCUUCCAUUUGCACAACGACCACAUAAAUCAGACCUUCAUCAAAAAAAUGGAGACACAAACCAAGGAAAAUCUUCAAAUUGGGCCAGAUGGACGGUUGAGGCUUACAAGUACAGAGAUGUCUGCCCCAGGAGGAAAAGUGGAUGUAGAAAUGACAGUACAACACAAUGUCAUGGCCAAAAACAGCUUCUCAAUAGGGCAGUUCCCAAUCCAGGAAGAGCACAAGGCAAAACUGCUUGAGCUGUACAAGGCACCAGCAACGGACUAUGCCAUUGUUCAGGUUGACCAGGCAUUAGUUUAUCUGGCUGACCUUUUAAGUAUUUGCCCACAACCUCUCCUAGAAGAUGACCUCCACACCUCAUAUCCAUGGCUUACAGAUGAUGCAGUGAAUGCAAGAGUUCUCCAGCUGGCAAGACCUCUGCAGAAUGUGUUUACUUUGCAAACAUUUCAUUUCACGGCUUGGUGGAGGAAUUGGAUCAACGGGGAAUCAAUCAGCUCCCGCCAUUUGCAUUGCAUCCAGGGCUUAAAGCCAGACUCAAAGGUUCUGUUUCCACGGGUUGUUGGCCAUCAAACUCCAGAGACUGGUAAUCAUUUCAUUCUGUGGGUAUUUGAUGGCUCAAAAACAGAAAUCCGAGUCUAUGAUUCCCUUGAAAAGUACACCUUGAUUUCUCAACCUGAUAUGGACAUUCUAAGCCUUGCGUUUCAGAACAUAUGGAGGUUGAAGGAAUGGUCCAUUUCAUAUCCAGACCAGUGGAGACAGAAAGAUGGGGUCAACUGUGGUGUCUUCGUCUGCACUGCAGCUGAGCUUGAUAUCAAAGGGACAGACAUGACGAAUGAACCCUUGAACCAAGUCCAGUUGGGGCAUCUCAGGAUGUAUCACGCAGCCUGCUUGAUUGCCGAUUCUGUUCCUAAGGGGAAGAAAGUGCGAGAGUCUUGCAUGGCAGAGGCAAUUCAUGCCUGCAAUUACUACGACAGCACUAGAAAGGGGCAGUCAAGGCCGUUGUAUCCACAUGUGCAGAAGGAGGACUGGGUGAAAUGUGAGACAUGCAAUGGCUGGCUGCACAAAGACUGUGCCUGUUAUGAGCCCAGUCAGUCAGGCAUUUUCACAUGUGGGUGUGACCUGCCUGAGCCAUACGCCUUCACCAGUACUUUGACCAGCCUCAGGGACAAAGGGGUUGAAGGCCUAAUUUCCAAGGAAAGAAUAAAGGAACUGAAAGAAAUGCUGGACAGUGGGGAGAGGAAAUCCAACAGGAUGUUCCUUUGGCAAAACCCAGGGGGAAACCGUGCCCUGAAAACAAUCCUUAACGGAAAGCCAACAUGUUUCAAUGAGAAACACAUGAAUGACCUCAUUGACUUGAUAAAGCCAACGUUGUCGUUGGAUUACAGCCUCUUCUCAAACAUUGACUUUGUCAUUGAUGUCAUGGUGCCAGAGGCCACAAUUGACAUCCUGGUGAGAUUUGAGGGUUUUUCCAGAUUUUAUGCAGAGAAAAUCCUUGGAACGAUCAUCGAGUGAUCAGUUGCUGGAUCAAUUAAGAUGAUUCGACUGUUACUUUUAUUAGUGUUCUGUAAGCUAGUUAAGCUAAAUUUUUAAUUAAACUUUUACAUUUUUGUAUCCA